GCUUCCCGUCCCGUCCCGUCUCUUCCCCGGGGCACCGGGGGGCUUCCCCAUGGCGGCGGCGGCAGCGCUGCUGCUGCGGGCGGCGGGCCGGGCCCUGCUGGGCCGUGCCACUCCCCUGCCCUGCGCCGAGCGGGGCUUUAGCGACUGCGGCGGGGCGCGCUGGGCGCCCGCACGGCCCGGCCUCCCCGUGCCGCUGUCCUCGCCCCUGGCAGGGCUCUCCCGGCCCAUCCGCAUCAAGGAGCCGCCCAAGCGCAAGCCGGUAGAUCGGUGGACGAAGAAGCGGGCCUUGUUCGGGGUGUAUGAUAACGUGGGGAUCCUGGGCGGCUUCCAGAUCCACCCGAAGAAUCUCAUCAUGGGGCCCACCUGGCUGCGAGGCUGGCGGGGGAAUGAGCUGCAGAGGUGCCUCCGCAAGAAGCGGAUGGUGGGCGAUCGGAUGUUUGCAGAGGACUAUCACAAACUCAACAAGAGGAUCCGCUACUUGUACAAGCGCUUCAAUCGCACCGGAAAGCACCGCUAGGGAACAGCAGUGCCUUCAGCCUGUGGAGUGUCGUUUUGUGGCAUUGCAGUCAGAAUAAAGCCAGCUUCCACACAA